CGUUCGUUCGUCCGUCCGUUCGUUCGUUCGUUCGUUCGUUCGUUCGUUCGUUCGUCCGUUCGUCCGUUCGUUCGUUCGUUCGUUCGUUCGUUCGUUCGUUCGUUCGUUCGUUCGUUCGGAAGAACGACCAACGCUGACGUCUCUUAUUCGAGUUAAUCUUCGAAGAGGAAGAAACUCGACGUUUUCCUUAUUAGUUAAGGCAAAGUUUGGAAGAAAUUACGACGUUAAGCAAAGGAAAAUUCACAGCAUGACUCCGCCACGUGGAGAUGCGUGCUAAAGGAUUUACGUUUGGAAGAAAAAGCGAAUAAAUUAUUUAAAAAAGGGAAUAGCGAGAGGAAUAGAAGAAACUGGGAUCGAUUUAGAUCACGAGAUUUUUUCUAAGAAAAGUCCUUUCAUGUAGAGCCUACGGACAAGGAUCGCAAUGAUACACCGUCGACGAUCUCUCUUGUUUCUCGUGCAGACGGUGCUUUUAGCAGUUUGUCACGGGAUUCAGCAGUUCGAAGAAACACCGCAGUACACGGAAGUUAAUCCCGGUCAAGAUGCAAAGUUGAUCUGUCGCGUGCUAGGCAAGAGGGGUCAGUGCAUUUGGCAGAAGGAUCAAAAGCCAAUCGGAAUGCACCUGAAGAAGUACGAGUGGGUGGGCUCACCGGACAUGGGAGACUGCUCGCUUUGGGUCAGGUCAGCCACCUUGGAAUUCGACGAUGGUUUGUGGCAAUGCCAAGUCACUGCCAGUGAUUUCACGACGCAAGACGCUUUAGCAUCGGAUCAAGCUAGGCUGGUUGUCAGGGUCAGCCCUCGGCGACCGCAGAUAGAGUACGACAACCAUCCUAUUUUACCUGGCAGCAACGUGACAGCCCGAGCAGGUGAGAUCGCUACGCUCACUUGCAGAGCGCGGUAUGGGAAUCCUCCGCCUCUAAUUAAAUGGUACGUCGGCGAGACGGAGAUCAGGACGCUGAGGCCUCAGGUAAACUCGACGGAACUAGAUAAUCCCCGUACUUGGGAGACCUACAGUGUUUGCGAGAUUUUGGCGGAGCGGUCACGUUACGGAGCGCCGAUCCGAUGCGUCGCCAUUCAUCCUGCUUACGCCAAUCCCACCAUGUCCUCCAGCACCGAAGUGAGAUUCGACGUUAAAUACGCACCGGAAACACGAUUGGUGGGCGUGCCAAACGGUCAGUUGGAAGAAGGACGAGAUAAAUUAGAAAUAAGGUGUCUGGCCGAUGCAAAUCCACCGGCUUCGAUAAUUUGGAGGCGUACGAAGAGUCUUAGCGUCACCGAUAUCGCCAGCAUCGGGGAGACUCUUUUGUUCUCGCCAGUUUAUAGAAACCAUGCGGCCGAGUACAUCUGCGAAGCAACCAACACUGAGGGUGAAAGUAGCCCUGUCAGGGUACAAGUGUCCGUAAAUUAUCCACCGACUAUCAGCUCGGUCGGCCCGGAAUGGUUGACUACGGCACUGCUUUAUUCCGGUGCAUCGUUCGAGUGUCACGCCGACGCAAUGCCACCGGCUGAAUACAGAUGGGCCCAAAUCUUCCCCGACAAUCGAAUGCCAAUAGAAUGUGGAACCGGUCAAAGAUUGAUCCUCACGAACGUGACUUACGAGCAACAAGGCCAGUACAUAUGUCUAGCCUCGAACAAGAUCAAUGGACACGUCAGGGAGGUUAAAAGCGACCCAGUGUCUUUGCAAGUGGUUGGUGCACCCAGGGUGGUGAAGCCAGCGAUCACGGAGAAGUUCGUCGUAGCAGCGACGGAAGGCAGCCCGGCGAGAUUAGAGAUCAGACUCUGUUCCAAUCCAAAGCCUCGUCUCGUUGCAUGGGAAUGGGGCGACAUCAGACUCUACGCCGGCGAGGUUUUAGAAGCUCGUUAUCGUGCUCUGGAUUUAGAGCCACUGACGUCCGAAGACUGUUACGUAGCGAUUUUGGAACUUACCAGUACGGUUAAGGAGGAUCAAAGACUAUAUCAUGUUAUCGUAGAGAAUGAUCGUGGAAGCGACCGCAGAGCUUUAAUGUUAAGGGUCGACGAACCAGGCCAGAUUCCACUCGUUAUCGGAGCCGUCGCGGGUUUCACCGUGCUCUCGGUAUUGAUAAUGGGAUUCGUUUGUUUCCUACGAUCCGAUAGAUGUUGCACAGCCAGAAAUACAGCUCCGGCGUUGCAGCAAGUACAUUGUACCAAAGCUUCCAACACCCUAAUAGAGGAUCCGCGUUUGACCGUCGAUACGAUGGAACGCACGGGUCAGCAAUUUGUUCCCGAGAAACGAGCCAAUCACGUUCUGAAGCCCGUCCCGUCGCAGCAAUAUCCGCAAGAGUGCUACCAGCACGAUCCGCAACAUCCUCAACAACAUUAUGAGAGGCAUCGCCAUCACAUGCAACCACAUGGACCACAGUACUUACAGAGAAUCUUCGAUAAUACGACGCACUUUUUCCAUCCACUUCACCCAACCCCGAACCUUGAGUAUGACGCACCAGCAAGCGUAGUCCAUCAGCAUUGUUACCAUGAUUCUUAAUAAGCAAAUGAAAAUAAUAGUUUAUAUCAUAGAGGAUCGAUCGUUGGUAUCAUCGUCUGUUAGCUAAUGAAAAUAGUAGCGGUGAGGAAUUCGCAGAGCGUUCUCAUCGAGUGCAUCGUAUGAAUAUUAUAAAGUAGCAUCGUGUAAUGCGUACGAGGCAGCAUUAAGAAAGCUUUAAUCUCGUGUAAGUGCGUAUAUCUGUGUGUGUGUGUGUGUGUGUAUGUGUGUGUGUGUGUGUGUGUGGUCUUGAAAGUUUAUCAUGAAAAAAUGUCCUUCGAUAGAGGCAUAAUCGCAACCACACACGCGUGUACGCGCACGUAUCACGCAAGUGCUUGUGCAUUGGCAUUUUUCAUCGAAGAAAAAUUCUUUAUAUCAUAUCCGAUAUGAUAUCAUCGAUCCUAUCCGACACGUUCGUACGUAGAAAGCAAGGAACGAAAGAUAACGUUCAAUUGGUAGCGAUCUUACGCACACAAACUUACAUAUAUAUUUACAUAUGUAUAAUAUAUAAAUGCCUGACGCGAAAUUCGCGCGAGCGAAUCGUUGGCUCGUUUUUAAUCACCGAAAAGACCGAGCUUAAUGAACCGUAGAAAAGUAUUUCUCCUGCCUGUGUACAUACAUAAAUAUAUGCACACGCACACGCAAACAGACAUAUACAAAUGCUGCACUAUGCGUCCUUAACUAAGUUGCAUCGUUUCCACACCUAUCUCUUUCCACACUUCUCUCUGAGAUAAACAUUGUGCAGGGGGAGCAGCUGUUUCUCAAACCAGAUCGCUUAGCGACGUUGAAGCAUCCUAGCAAGAUCGAGAAGCCGCCGCAGUAUACCACGUUCAAGCCGGGUAACUGAAGAUAUCUUAAUGCGUGCGUCUCUCUCUCUCUUUUUUUUUAUUUAUAAACGCGUGAAGAAAGCGCUCACGUAGCAAAGAAGAAAAGAACGAGAGGCGAAGAAAGAGGAAGAGAGAGAGAGAGAGAGAGAGAGAGAGAGAAAGAGAAAUAUCAAAUUACUAUUUAUAUUGUUGUUAUCAUUAUUAUUAUCAUUAUUAUUAUUAUUAUUAUUAUUAUUAUUAUUAUUAUUAUUAUUAUGAUUAUUAUUAUUAUAUUUGUAUAUGUAAGUAUAUAUCAUGUCUUUCAAAGUGCGAAAUGCUUUCUCACGUACCUCCAAUGAAAUCAAAUGUAAUUGUAAGUUCGUACAAACAUUUAAAAAGGUUUGACGGAUAGGGAAAAUCAAAGAAUAUUCAUAAAAAUUCGCUCAUAUAUUUUAUUCGAGGAAAAAUCAAAACGAGGAAAGUUUGAUUAUCGUGUGUUCGAUAACGAAGCUCGGAGGAAAGUAUGUUGUACGAGUGACAAGGUUACAAUUAUUUUCCCUUUAUCUCAUAUUUAUCGAAAAAUUGUUUGAGUUAUCGACUGCCUCUCCGAUAUCGUCGUAGUCACUUACUUAUUCGAGUACGUAAUUAAAAGCUGCAUUUCGUUACAUUGGCAGAACUUUUCAUUUAGAUUGAAAAGUUUGCGUGUUCCGUUGGAAAGAGGGGUAUCUAUUGUGUAAUAUUAAAACGAAUUUACCUCUCUCUCUCUCUCUCUCUCUCUCUCUCGCGUAGACUUGGGUAUUCGAUUGAUCAUCAUCGUAAUAAAGCGAAAUAUUCGAAGGCAAAUUACUGACGUUGCGGAAUGUUUUGUUGAGUCAUUUAUCGAAUAUUUUAUUGUUGCAUAAGACGCCAUAGAAGAAUUCGAAUGCCCGUCUACGAAAGUUCAUAGUUAAUCUGUCGCUAAUUAAUCUGUCGGAAACAUCUCGCUGCCGGGUAUAUACUAAUAUUAUAUAACGAAAUGACUGAGUUUUGGAGUGAACCAAGUGGAAAAAAAAAAGAUACGAGGAAUGUUGUUUCGGAAUGGUCGAGAAUCUAACUCACGAAAGUAAUUGAGUUUAUGACAAAGUCGGGAGUGGGAAGAGAGAAGUCGGUAAAGUUCUAAAACGAACUGGUUGGUUCAAUCCGAUUUCUUCGAACGAACAGAGUAUAGAAAUUUAUCUUGUAAACGCUUACGACGUAUUGUUAAUAAAACAAUGAUUUUUUUUUAUCGGUUACUAUUUUUAUCGAUAUAUUGUAUCAGUAGAAAGGAAGAUCGUGUUUUUAGUAUCGAUCGUAUAACGAGAAUAUGCGUAACGUGGGUGUGUGUGUGUGUGUGUGUGUGCGUGCGCGCACGCUCGUCCGAACGUGUGUGUUCCCGCGUGUGUAUGUGUGCGCGCGUGUGUAUCUGUACGUACGAGAAUGCAAGUGCGCGCGAGAACGAGGAACAAUGUGUUUCGUACUAUAUAAUAAACAUAAUGUACAGACCGUUGUCCAUAUCACAAAGUCUGCGCUUAUUAACACAAAAGAAAUACUUGUAUAUUUAAUUUCGACCGCUGGCGAUGUCACGACAGGUAUACGAACUUAAGGAACCGAUUUCCCAACUUGACAGAAAUAAAUCAAACUAUUAACACCCAU